AUGGCACACCUGGCCGAGAAACUCAAGCACCAAGGCAACGAUCUAUUCAAGGCAGGCGACUACGCAGCAGCCGAAGAACAAUACACGGCCGCCAUAACAAAAUACUCUCGCAACCCCCUGCUGUUCACCAACCGCGCCCUCGCCCGCAUCCGACUGCAAAGAUGGCAGGGCGUCAUCGACGACUGUCUGCACAGCAUCUCCCUCACACCGCACAACGCUUUCAACUUCAAGUCCUACUUCUACCUCGCCCAAGCACAACUGGCUCUGCACCACCCCAAUGAAGCUCUGUCGUCAGCCCUGACCGCCUACAACCAAGCCAUGCAUCCUCCACCCGCCGAAGCAAACAAAGCCACCGCUGCUCUCCCUUCCCUCUCCGACUUUGUUCUCAAAUGCAAGAAAGAGAAGUUUGCCGCCAGAGAAAGACAACGCAGACGCCAAAGAGGCGACAUCCUCGCCGAGCUGGAAGAAUCCCUCGAAGCGUCCAAACGCACCCAACUCUCCUCCAUCGAAUCCCUCCUCUCCACCUCCUCAAUCGGCGUCGUCUCCGCCCAAGAACAACGGCAGGAAAUUCUCGAGUCUCACCAACACAAACUCGACGAGCUCAAGACUGUUUUUGCAUUGGCGGAUCCGCAGAACCAUCAACCUAGAGAAGUCCCUGAUUAUCUGGUCGACACGAUUAGUUUUGAAAUCAUGCAUGAUCCGGUCAUUACGAGGACUGGACAUAGUUAUGAGAGAGCGACGCUGUUGGAGCAUCUGAAGAAUAACCCUACGGAUCCGUUGACGAGGGAGCCUUUGACGCCCAAGGAAUUGAGGCCGAAUGUUGCGUUGAGGCAGGUGUUGGAGGAGUUUUGGAAGACGGCGGGGACGUGGGCUAUUGAUUGGUAG